AUGUGCAGGGUCCGCGGUGUCACGGGUCUUGGUUCAUCUGCUGCCCCCAUGCCGGUACAAGGCCCAAUCGGGGACACAAAUCGCCUGGUUUGCCCGUCGGCCAAAAGGGAUUGGGCGUGGGCUCCUAUGGGCCCCUUCCUCCCCAGACACAGCGCCCGGUCCGAUGCAGAAAGUGUACCGUACCGGUAG